UGGAAAAAAAAAAGGGCGUGAAGCCUCCACUUCCGGAAAAGAAACGGGAAACGAGGGAGCUGCCUGAAACGGCGACAGAGGAGCCCGGAUGAUGCAGGAGGACGGAGGAGCCCGGCGGGGGAAGGAAGGAAGGAAGCGCCGCCUGGGAGUAGGAGAUCGCGGCGCAGCUUCUCAGGAAGACGGCGGGGAAAGGCCGGAAGGCUCCGGGACUGCAGGAGGGAUGAGCCCAGGGAGACCCCGGGAAAGGCCGCUGCCUGGAGGGCGAUGUGGGGAGGUGGAAACGGGCGCAGACUCCGAUACGGUCCUGGAGGGCGGAGGCUCCUUCGGAAGACCCCGGAAUCCCCAAAGGAUCCAGGAGGAAGAAAGGAAAUAUCAGUGCCCGGAAUGUGAAAAGUCCUUCAACAAAAACGACCAUCUUGAGAACCAUCUAAAAAUCCACUCAUUUGGAAACCCAUAUAAAUGCUUUGAGUGUGGAAAGAGCUUCAGUCAUAGCAGCAGCCUUUAUACACAUGAAAGGAUCCACACAGGAGAAAAACCUCAUACAUGUCUUGAGUGUGGAAAGAGCUUCAGUGGGAGGGGCAACCUUUAUCAACAUCAAAGGAUCCACACAGGAGAAAAACCUCAUACAUGUCUUGAGUGUGGAAAGAGCUUCAGUCAGAGGAGCAACCUUUAUCAACAUCAAAGGAUCCACACAGGAGAAAAACCUCACACAUGUCUGGUGUGUGGAAAGAGCUUCAGUAUAAGGGCCAACCUUUAUAAACAUCAAGGGAUUCACACAGGAGAAAAAUCUCAUAUAUGCCUGGAAUGUGGAAAGAGCUUCAGUCAGAAGAGCAACCUUUAUAGACAUCACAAGAUCCACACAGGAGAGAAACCUCAUAAAUGCCUGGAGUGUGGAAAGAGCUUCAGUCACAGGAGCAGCCUUUAUCAACAUCAAAGGAUCCACACAGGAGAAAAACCUCAUGAAUGCCUGGAGUGUGGAAAGAGCUUCAGUCAAAGUCGCAGCCUUUAUGUACAUCAAAGGAUACACACAGGUGAAAAACCUCAUAAAUGCCUGGAGUGUGGAAAGAGCUUCAGGCAGAGAUCAAAACUUACCCAACAUGCAAGAAUACACACCGGAGAGAAACCAUUUCAAUGCCUGGAGUGUUUAAAGAGCUUCAGUCAGAAGAGCCACCUUAAUGAACAUCAAAGGAUCCACACAGGAGGAAAACAUACAUGCCUAGAAUGUGGAAAGAGCUUCUGUCAGAGGAGCAAGCUUUAUCAACAUCAAAGGAUCCACACAGGAGAAAAACCUCAUACAUGUCUGGAGUGUGGAAAGAGCUUUGAUCAUAGCAGCAGCCUUAAUAAACAUCAAAGGAUCCAUAGAGGAGAAAAACCUCAUACAUGUUUGGAGUGUGGAAAGAGCUUCAGUCAGAGGAGCAACCUUUAUCAACAUCAAAACAUACACACAGGAGAAAAACCCUAUAUAUGCCUGGAGUGUGGAAAGAGCUUCAGUCAGAGGAGCAACCUUUAUACACAUCAAAAGAUCCACACAGGACGGAAACCUCAUAAAUGCCUGGAAUGUGGAAAGUGCUUCAGUCGGAGGGACAGCCUUUAUAUACAUCAAAAGAUCCACACAGGAGAAAAACCUCAUAUAUGCCUGGAGUGUGGAAAGAGCUUCAGACGGAAGGGCAACCUUUAUCAACAUCAAAUGAUCCACACAGGAGAAAAACCUCACAAAUGUCUGGAGUGUGGAAAGAGCUUCAGUAACAGGAACCAUCUUUAUACACAUGAGUGGAUCCACACAGGAGAAAAACUUCAUAAAUGCCUGGAGUGUGGAAAGAGCUUCAGUCAGAAGAGCAGCCUUUAUACACAUCAAAGGAUCCACUCAGGAGAAAAACCACUUAAAUGCCUGGAGUGUGGAAAGAGCUUCAAUUGGAGGAGCAACCUUUAUCAACAUCAAAGGCGCCACACAGGAGAAAAACCUCAUAAAUUCCUGGAGCGUGGAAAGAGUUUCUAGGAGAGCGGAAGUCUUUAUAAACAUCAAAGAAUCCACAUGGGAGAAUAACUAGAUACCGUCAGUCCCCAACUUACAGCAGUUCAUUUAGUGAUUGUUCAAAGUUACAAUGGCUCUGAAGAGAGUGGCUUAUGGCUGUUUUUC